AUGUCCAGUUUAUCCCUGACCAGUCAAGAAUCUAGUGUCCAGCAGCCGACCUGUGACUCCGAGGAGGAUGCAGUGGAUGUGGGGAUGCACACCUUCAACUACACCCAUAUGAGAAAGGCAUUUCAGCUGAUGAAUGACUUAAGGAGGUGGGUUGGUUUCACCCUUGCCAGGACACAGACGAGUGAAUUUCUUAAAUACACUAAAGUCUGGAAAUGGACCUCAAGUCCUCUACAAGCCGGAAUGUUGAAAACAAUUAGAUUUGAUACAGUGUGAGCAGAUAGCGCUGUUGGCUAGAGCACACCUAUAGCCUACAUGAUAAGAUUAUUAUGGACAAAAGAGCAAUACUUUUUAUUUGUCAAAUGGUAGCCAAGCAUCGAUGAUCAUGUCACCAGAAUAAGACCCUUGAUAGUUAUUGGAAAGGGGCGUCAAGCUCGUCACCUUGCACUUUCACCACCCUGUGAAGUUCAUCAUAACUUGUUUUAAUGUCACAUGCACAAGUACAGUAAAAAGCCUUUCUUGCAAGCUCUAAAACCAACAAUGCAGUAAUCAUAGUUUAUUUAAUCUGUAGCCAAAUAAACUGCAUGCUUUCCCAAGGAGUCAUAGUGGGAGGACCACACAACAUGUCAUUGCGGGAUUCCAAGUUUACUUUGAUAUGAUGGUUAUUAUAUCAAUAUUCGCUCAUAAAAGCAUUUCCAUCUACAUUUCUCACAUAAUUCAUUUUACAGACACAAAAAUAUACCACCUUCUCUAGCAUAUGUUGUUUUGUCAACAUUUGGAAGGUUUAUGGAAACAUUUAAUGUUUCCAUCAGGCCUGUCAUGACAUUUUUGAUCUGACACAUACUUUACUCACAUAAAAAGGUUGGAUGGACACCUGGUUAGUGAGUAAGACACAAGGAAUCGUUAGAAAUAGUUAAAAGCCACCCACGGAACCACCACAGCCCACGCCAAUCCCAACCCAACAACGAGUAUACAGUAUCAGUUCUCUAUGUCUGAUAAGUAGUAAGGAGCAGCGGCUCAGAGUAUUGUUUCUUCAUCCUAUGUAACGUAUUCUCAGUGAAUUUGAUGAUGUUUUUUCCCCUCUGUUCAGUGAAAUUUGUAAUUGAAGUUGUUAGGUUUAUGUCCCGUCCUACAUCCUGAAGUUAUCCGGUUCUGAACAAUAGAUGGUGCUGUUCCUGCAAUUAGGUGUUUUUCUUGUGUGGAAUCUGUAUACUUGGUGUUGGGGUGGGAUUGGUGUGGGGUCUUAUGUUUCUUAGUGCAGAAUCGAUUUCAGAACAAUCUGAGAUGAUGGGUGUCAUGGCUUGCUUUGCUGCAAAGCCGUCGUGUUCUUUUGUUUUAGCUAGUUCCAUAGUAUCCCCUUUUUCCAUCACUGAAAAUAAGCCAUGUAAUGUCAUUUGUAAGAUGUCGAUAAUAUAACCUAGUCAUUAUACACAGUAAUAGCCUACACAUGAUACAUAACAGCCUAUUCUUGGCACAGAGUAGCCAACAUAGUCCCCUGUAGCUCAGUUGGUAGAGCAUGGCGCUUGCAACGCCAGGGUUGUGGGUUCGUUUCCCACGGGGGGCCAGUAUGAAAAUGUAUGCACUCACUAACUGUAAGUCGCUCUGGAUAAGAGCGUCUGCUAAAUGACUAAAAUGUAAAAUGUACUGUGCAAUGACCUAAUACAAUGACCUUGGCACACAGCGGGAGCACUUAUACAUCCAGUUGACCGUUAUUAAGAAAUCAUCAAUAUGAUGAUUUUGGAAAACACUGUUCAACAAAAGCCAACCUUUCUCAUCUUUUGUGUUUACAGUAAGAAAAUGCUGUGCGACGUUCUGUUGGUGGCGGGAAACAUAGAGGUGCCAGCUCACAAGUUGGUGCUAGCCUCCUGCAGCCCCUACUUCUGUGCCAUGUUCACAGGUAUUAUUACACUUCAUAUAGUUCAAGGUAAAUAGUGUAGUGUAUACAUUUGUGUGUAUAGGUUACAUUUGUCAUCAUUGUAAAAGUAAUGGGUCAAGUGAAAAAUGUUGUAAAAGUGAGGCCCGCUUUAUUGCAACAGUGAGAUGAUUGGUUUCCUCUUGUCACAUAACCUUCUCAAGUGGUUUCUCUCACUGUGUGUGGGGGUGGACAGGGGACAUGAGUGAGAGCAAAGCCCAGCAGGUGGAGAUCAGGGAAGUGGAUGGCCAGACACUUAGGAAGCUGGUGGACUAUAUCUAUACAGCUGAGAUUGAAGUAACAGAGGACAACGUUCAGGUGAGCUACAGCUGUACCAAGUUCAACUGCAUACAGCAUUGGAGUCCAUGGAUCCUUUCAUGUUGCUUUGGUAUUCCUUCAUUCAAAAUUACUGACUUUUUAAGUGGCAGAGAGUUGUCUCCACCUACCCGGGCCUUUCCCUUUCUCCUGUAUUGACAGUCUGCUCCUUCCUUGCUGGCGAGGCCAGGGUUUCAGCAGGCAGGGCAUUUCCUGUUAUUAUUAGCUCAGGAAAUGUGCAUAGAGCGAGGGGAAAUCCUCUCAGUGUUUGCAACAUGCCUGCUUGGAUGUGUGUGUGUGUGUGUGUGUGUGUGUGUGUGUUUUUCAGUAUGGCAUCCAAGCCAAGUAAGACUGGAUCAUUUUUCAUUGUGUGUGUGUGUGUGGUGCUACAGUACUUUCCGUGUGGGCUCUCUCAGAAUGUGUGGGCCACAGCUGCAGAAAACACCCACUAUAAUAGUCAGCCUGUAGCUCCCUGUUCACACCUAAGGGUAACAGGCAAACAAUGAAUAAUCACAGGACUUUUCAAAGGAGAGCUAAGUGACCUAGUUUCUGUGUGUCUGCACUGCGUGGGGAUGUGGGCAAAUGGGAGCUCUGGGCUGCAUGUUAAAGCACACAAUAGUACCAAAAGACUGGCAGGCUGGAGGCUAAUAAACCAGAGAAGCCAAAUGGCUCCUUUAGAAUUGACCACCAUGUACCACCAGUACAUAUUCUUCCAGUUGUCCGGCUAUAGUCUGAGAAACAGCCAGGGAUGCAGAGUUCUCCUGUAAUCCCUGCUGUCCCUGUUUUGGGGUUCUCCCAGUUUAAGCCCUUAUCCUAGUAAAUAUUUGUCUGUUUCCGGCCCUUUGUCCAUACUGAGUCUGGCCUCUGUUUCGGUUGGCUUCUACUUUGGGAUUAACUCUAACUCUGGAAUUAAUUUGGAAUGAGUCUGCCUCCAAUAGAUUCUUCAAACCAUUCAAUAAUAUUAAAAUCCUCUGAGUUUUAAUUGAAAACAUGGAGAUUUGCUUGGCAUUAGAAAAUCAAGCACAAUGAGAUUUGUUCCCUGCUGCUGUGUAUUCUAUUAGUUGUCCUGAUGAUAUAGUGGUCUGUUUCUUUUAUGGGGCCUGCACUCUCUUUUCUCUCUCUCCCUUUGUGGGUUGCUUGGAUAGUGUCUCCUGCUGUGUGUUCUGAUCUACGGUGUGUCUCUGUAGGUACUCCUGCCUGCAGCCAGUCUCCUGCAGCUGAUGGACGUGAGGCAGUUGUGCUGUGAGUUCCUGCAGAGCCAGCUGCACCCCACCAACUGUCUGGGCAUCCGAGCCUUUGCUGACCUCCACACCUGCACACAGCUCCUCAACCAGUCCCAUGCCUAUGCUGGUGAGUGGACCCCCACCUCACUUCUAGGAUUCACCAGGGAGAAGGUGUGGGAAUAGGGGAGGGGAUGGAGAAACUGGCCUCUGUCUUGGUCAGAUGGCAGUUAAAAAGCAUACUGCAGGAAGGGUUGUGACAACCAGAAUCUCGAUACUCGAUUUUCCAUGGCAAAAAUGAAAACAAGGCACAGACCGAACUCUUUGGAUCUUCAAAAACCUGCUUUAUGUCAAAUAUUGUGUGCUAUAGCUUGAAAACGAAACAGAUGUAACACAGGAUGACAACAUAAUGAUGUUUGUUUCCGCUUCAGGUUUUCUUUCCUUACCAUACUUCUUUUGAGUAUUGUGAUACUCGUUUCGUCAUAAUCCUAUACUGCAUAAAGUUGGCAUUUAUGAUAGGCUACUUUCUACCACUGUAAUCCUUGGGCGGGACACCUAAGCAUUUUUCCCGGUCGCCUAAGCCCAAAUUGUAAUUUAUUAUAAUAAUAAAUUUUUUGACAAUACAUUUUCGGGAUAGAAAAACGCUUUAAGUGUAAACUCGAAUGACAAAAACCAGAUAUAAAGUAUGUAGAAAAAAUAAUGGCCCUAUACAUUUUUUAAUAAUGUAAUCUUUGAGAACUAUCAAUCACCAAAAUAAAAGCUUGACAGAGAGAACUGAAAAUUCCAAAAACAAUGAAUUUAGCAGUAUUCAUUUUGUUAUUAUGUUUGAGCAGAAUAACACAACAUUAUCCAUGGCAGAAUAUGUAGAAUUACAGGAAAUGUGCUUUAAAACUGCUAAAUUUUCUCUCGACUACAUGGCAAAAUGUGUAGAAUUGCAGGAAAUUCGCUUUAAAACUGCAAAAUCAAUUCUAAGCUCCAUGGAGAAAUGUGUGGAAUUUCAAAAAAUUCUCUACAGUGCUAAGAUGGGGGGGCCUCUAACAUUUUCUCAAAGAUGUAGCCGUGCCGACAGCCGACCGCGCUCAUUGCCAUGCCCCCCAUCAUGCCCACCACCUAAGCCCAUUUUUGAUCCAGAAAAAACCCUGAGGAAGUUCUUGAUUAAGACUACUGUUAGAAGAUAUUAUCCUGGUCCUGUUUUGCAUGGACAUUCUUCUGCCCAAGCCCAGUAUCCCAGCUAGCUGUCAAGACUGAGUAUAUCAAAUUUGACCUUACAUUGUGUAGAUGUGGUAAACUGCUGGAGCUUGCUGGCCAUAUGCUGAUAACCUUUGCCAUUUCUCAGGUGUGUAACGGACUGUGAGAAGCCUAGUUGUAUAGCUUAACCAUGUGCUUGUGUUUGUUUAACAGAGCAGCAUUUCUCCGAGGUGAUGCUGGGAGAGGAGUUCAUGGGCCUGUCUCUACAGCAGGUGUAUAGUCUAAUCUCCAGUGACAAACUCACCGUGUCCACAGAGGAGAAGGUAGGCCAGCCACCAGAACACCCCAAACCAACCCCAAACUUCCCUCUGCUUCUGUUCUGUUCAGUCACACACUGCAGGCACCUAUCUUAUCCUAUCCUUUGAAGAGUACCUUACUUCCCAUUACUACGCAAGACAAGUGCAUUCCAGGAACUCCACUCUCUGUGCUAUGAACAAGCUCAAUAGAGCUCAGGCUCUCAAGUUCUCUCCUCCUGGUCUUACUCAGAUGACACUCACCAUAACAACAGACUCCCCAUGACUCACUCCUGCUGUAGUAGAGGACAGCCAUGUCACAAACGGCCUGGUCCCCGUCCUAGAGUGACUUACCACAGAGGGAGAGAGAGCUGAGCUGCUUGUGCCAGUGCUGACCCACCACUCCAGGCAUCAUGCUCCACUUGCUAAUGUGCUUACAAAGCAAAGCCAACCCACAUGUACCGUACCUUGUAAAAGUAUUCAUCCCCCUUGCCAUUUUUCCUAUUUUGUUGCAUUACAACCUGUAAUUUAAAUUGAUUUUUAUUUGGAUUUCAUGUAAUGGACAUACACAAAAUAGUCCAAAUUGGUGAAGUGAAAUGAAAAAAAUGACUUGUUUCAAAAAAUCUAAAUAAAAAAAAGUCCACCUGUGUGCAAUCUUUAAGUGUCACAUGAUCUGUCACAUGAUCUCAGUAUAUAGACACCUGUUCUGAAAGGCCCCAGAGUCUGCAACACCACUAAGCAAGGGUCACCACCAAGCAAGCGGCACCAUGAAGACCAAGGAGCUCUCCAAACAGGUCAGGGACAAAGUUGUGGAGAAGUACAGAUCAGGGUUGUGUUAUAAAAAAAUAUCAGAAACUUUGAACAUCCCACGGAGCACCAUUUAAAAUCCAUUAUUAAAAACUGGAAAGAAUAUGGCACCACAACAAACCUGCCAAGAGAGGGCCGCCCACCAAAACUCACGGACCAGGCAAGGAGGGCAUUAAUCAGAGAGGCAACAAAGAGACCAAAGAUAACCCUGAAGGAGCUCCAAAGCUCCACAGCGGAGAUUAGAGUAUCUGUCCAUAGGACUACUUUAAGCCGUACACUCCACAGAGCUGGCCUUUACGGAAGAGUGGCCAGAAAAAAGCCAUUGCUUAAAGAAAAAAAUAAGCAAACACGUUUGGUGUUUGCCAAAAGCCAUGUGGGAGACUCCCCAAACAUAUGGAAGAAUGUACUCUGGUCAGAUGAGACUACAAUUGAGCUUUUUGGCCAUCAAGGAAAAAUAUAUGUCUGGCGCAAACCCAACACCUCUCAUCACCCCGAGAACACCAUGUUUUUCAUCGGCAGGGACUGGGAAACUGGUCAGAAUUUGAAGGAAUGAUGGAUGGUGACCCUAAACAUACUGCUAAAGCAACACUUGAGUGGUUUAAGGGGAAACAUCUAAAUGUCUUGGAAUUGCCUAGUCAAAGCCCAGACCUCAUUCCAAUUGAGAAUCUGUGGUAUGACUUAAAGAUUGCUGUACACCAGCGGAACCCAUCCAACUUGAAGGAGCUGGAGCAGUUUUGCCUUGAAGAAUGGGCAAAACUCCCAGUGGCUAGAUGUGCCAAGCUUAUAGAGACAUACCCCAAGAGACUUGCAGCUGUAAUUGCUGCAAAAGGUGGCUCUACAAAGUAUUGGGGGGGUGAAUAGUUAUGCAAGCUCAAGUUUUCUGUUUUUUUGUCUUAUUUCUUGUUUGUUUCACACAAAACAAUAUUUUGCAUCUUCAAAGUGGUAGGCAUGUUGUGUAAAUCAAAUGAUACAACCCCCCCCAAAAAAAUCCAUUUUAAUUCCAGGUUGUAAGGCAACAAAAUAUGAAAAAUGCCAAGGGGGGUGAAUACUUUCGCAAGCCACUGUACACACCAACAUGACACCAGCCCUGUUUCUAAUGUCUCUGCCCCCGUCUCCUGUCUCUCCAAUCAUGGCUCUGAUCCUAUCUAUCUUCAGGGAAUGGAGCAGGUUGGAUGAGCUAGAGAGAGAGAGAUGGCAGAUGGCUGUCUGUCUGUUCAGUUAAAGGAGGGGAGUCACAGCACUGGUUAGAUCGAGUUCUUGUCUCCCCCUCCCCCCCGGUAAAUUUAAUUAACUCUUUGUGUUCUCUCCUCAGGUGUUUGAGGCCAUGGUUGCGUGGAUAAAGCACAACAAGGAAGCUCGUCUGGAGCACAUGCCAAAGCUGAUGGAGCACGUUCGUUUGCCACUACUGUCCAGAGAUUACCUGGUGCAGGUGGGUUACACUCAUCACCACCAUUCAUCUUGUUUUUUUCACAUAGCAUUAAUAAUUAAUCAAGCUCCCAAAUUAUCCAGCAUAGAAAUCAUACUGUGAUAUGUGAAAACUUGCGUAAUUGUUUUAUUCCAGACGGUGAACUAUAUAUUGUACAUAUCGUGCUUGUUUCAUGUGGCUCUAUUGUGCUCCUGUCUGCACUUUGUGUGUGCUCACUGUGCUGUGUCCCGUGGAGUAGAUAGUGGAGGAGGAGGCCUUGAUAAAAAACAACAACAUCUGCAAGGACUUCCUGAUAGAGGCCAUGAAGUACCACCUCCUGCCCGCUGAUCAGCGCCACCUCAUCAAGACUGACCGUACACGCCCACGCACGCCUAUCAGCCUGCCCAAGGUCAGACAACACGCAUAUGCAUGCACGCACGCAUACACACACACACGUACAGACACACACACCGUCAUUUAUACCCUGAAACUGUUACAUGUAGCUAAAUAGGAGCCCUCUUUUGUGUGUGUGUGUGUUAGGUGAUGAUAGUGGUGGGUGGGCAGGCUCCUAAAGCCAUCCGCAGUGUGGAGUGCUAUGACUUCCUGGAGGACCGCUGGUACCAGGUUGCUGACCUGCCAUCCAGACGCUGUCGAGCA